AUGCAAAGCUGUGGUACCAUCACCCCCACCAACAUCAGGACCACCAUUACUGUUAUCAGAAACACCAUCACCACCACUGCCAUUACUGGUAGCACCAUCAUCACCGUUGCCGUCAUUCCCUUCAUCAUCACCGUCUUUAACAGAACCACUGUUACCAUCAUCUACAUUAAUGAGUGUGAGAGUGGACAGGAAUAUUGCACAAAGAAAGCAUACUGCAAAAAUACAGUUGGAGGUUUCCGCUGUAACUGUUUCCAAAAGCAUUCAUUGUUCAACAUUGUGGCUAAGGUCCUUGAUGUCAGUUAUGCAGAAUGUUACAAACGGCCAGAGGACAUUCAAAAGACCCACCACUCUUCGGAGAACAUUUGGGUGAGUGGAGGUGGAGACUUGGUGUUGGAAUUGGAACGUUUACGGGAAAAUAAAACCAAAGAGCACAUUGCACAAGAGGCUACCCAGCUACUACAUAAGGUGGAGUUGCAAGUACUGAAUUUGAGUGUUACUUCUCCAGGAAAAUAUGAUCCUGUGAUUGAUAUAGACUAUGAAAUCCAGAGGUGCAAUGACACAAGCAAGAGAAUGAUGCUGGAAGCUGGAAAUAACUCAAUGGAUAUCGACUGCACUCAUGCAUUUGAAGCAGCCAUGGAAGGUACUAGUGCUGUUGCAUUUAUCAACUAUCGAACUCUUGGGGAUAUUCUCAACGAAUCCUUCUUAAAUGACAGAAAAGGAUUACAGGAAGUGAUACUAAACUCUCACAUCGUGAGUGGCACCAUUGGUUCAAAGAAAAAUAUUUACCUAACCAAACCUGUGUUCUUAGCCUUUAAACAUACUCAGCCUGUUGAUGCGAGAGCAAAACAUUUCUGUGUCUACUGGGAUGGAUCGAAGGCAGGGGGCAGCUGGUCGACGGAGGGCUGCUCUUACGUGGAAAGCGAUGAUUCUUACACAAGAUGCCAGUGUUUCCAUCUCUCCAGCUUUGCUGUCCUCAUGGCUCGUACACCCCAGGAGGACCCAGUGCUGACCAUGAUCACCUACGUGGGGCUGAGCCUCUCCCUGCUGUGCCUCUUCCUGGCGGCCCUCACCUUCCUGCUGUGCCGGCCCAUCCAGAACACCAGCACCUCGCUGCACCUGCAGCUCUCCAUCUGCCUCUUCCUGGCCCACCUGCUCUUCCUCACAGGCAUCAACCGCACCAAGCCUAAGGUGCUGUGCUCCAUCAUCGCAGGUGUGCUGCACUACCUCUACCUGGCCUCCUUCACCUGGAUGCUCCUGGAAGGGCUGCAGCUUUUCUUGACUGUCAGGAAUCUCAAGGUGGCCAACUACCUCAGUGCAAGAAACUUCAAGAAGAAGUUCAUGUACCCUUUCGGUUACGGAGUCCCGGCUGUGACUGUGGCCGUGUCUGCAGGCAUUGGGCCCAGGAAUUAUGGAACCCGCACUCACUGCUGGUUUAACCUUAAAAAAGGUUUUAUCUGGAGCUUCGUGGGACCCAUUUCUGUUAUCACUCUGAUCAACUUGUCCUUUUACCUGACAACCCUGUGGAUUUUAAGGGACCAGCUCAGCUCUCUCAACAACGAGGUAUCCAGAAUUCAAAACACGAGGAUUCUGACAUUCAAAGCCAUUGCUCAACUCCUGAUUCUGGGCUGUUCUUGGAGUCUUGGGUUUUUCCUGAUUGAAGGUAUCCAGGAACCUGCCAGGUCUGUGAUUGCCUACUCCUUCACCAUCAUCAAUGUUCUUCAAGGGUUCUACAUCUUCCUGGUCCAUUGCCUUCUCAAUCACAGGGUGCGAGAAGAAUACAAAAACUGGUUCAAGAAGAUUAGAAAAAGCACAAAAACGGAAAGUUCUGACUUGUUUGGCUUGGCCACCCAAACCAAAACGUACUAG